UCCCGCCUCACCUCUGCAUUUCUAGCUACGCUACUCGCGGGCAUGGCCACCGUUCUUUUUGCCUCGGCCGCCGACGGCGUGGGCACGCAGGACGCCCCCAAACAUCUCCACUUCUACAUGCACGACGCCUACACUGGCCCCAAACCCACCACUGUUCUAAUCGUCAACGGGACCGGCCAGCCGCUGAAGGGCUCCGGCGGCGGCGCCCGGUUCGGUGACACGGUGGUCAUGGACGACCGCCUCACCGAGGGCCCUACGCUGGCCUCGAGAGUCGUCGGGCGUGCCCAGGGAUUCUACGUGACAGCGUCCCAGGGCGACCCCGCGAUGCUCCUCGCCAUGAACGUGCUGCUCGCCGCCGGGCCUUACAACGGGAGCUCGCUGACCGUGAUGGGCCGCAACAACAUCGCGAUGCCGGAGCGGGAGCUGACGGUGGUUGGCGGGACCGGGGUUUUCAGGAUGGCCACCGGGUACGUGCUCUGGAAAACUGCGAGCUGGACCGGGAGGAACGCCGUCCUCGAGCUGGAUGCCUUCGUCUACGUGAGUCCGGCGGCCGCCGGUGCAUGAAGAUGAACGAACACAUGGUUUGCAGGGGUUUUCUGUUUGUUGGGAAUAACAUGCUCGUUGCCAUCGGCAUGUGUGGAGUUUGUGUCCUACUGUACUUGACUUCGCUGUGUUGAACUCAGUCAUUGUCACCUUUGCUUUCUUUGAGUCACUGUCUUCGUGUCCUAUCCUAACUGAACUUGGCAUCGCUGUCUUCA